AUGGGCAUUAAAAACCUCUUUUCGGUAAUCUCGGAAGAAGCCCCUGAUGCCGUAAAGACGGGAGAGAUCAAAAACCACUUCGGACGCAAGGUCGCUAUAUUCAGGUCCAUGAGUAUCUACAGCUUCCUCAUCGCUGUCCGCUCCGACGGUCAGCAGCUCAUGAAUGAGACCGGAGAGACCACAUCACACCUGAUGGGAAUGUUCUAUCGCACGCUAAGAAUGGUCGACAAUGGCAUCAAACCUCUAUACGUCUUUGAUGGCGCUCCGCCAAAGCUCAAAUCGGGAGAAUUGGCCAAACGUUUUGCCCGGAGAGGCGAGGCGACGGAAGCGCACGAGGAGGCCAAGGAGACGGGUACUGCAGAGGACGUAGAGAAAUUCUCUCGUCGCACAGUACGAGUCACCAGGGAACACAAUGCAGAGUGCAAGAAGCUUCUGAAGUUGAUGGGCAUCCCGUACAUUGACGCCCCGACGGAGGCCGAGGCACAAUGCGCGGUGCUUGCGCGUGCUGGCAAGGUCUAUGCUGCCGCUUCAGAAGAUAUGGACACGCUGUGCUUCGAAACACCCAUUCUUCUGCGUCACUUGACAUUUAGUGAGCAGAGAAAGGAGCCUAUUCAGGAAAUUCACCUAAGCCGUGCGCUGGAGGGACUUGGCAUGGAUCGCAAGCAGUUCAUCGACCUCUGUAUCCUACUCGGGUGCGACUACCUGGAACCCAUCCCCAAGGUGGGUCCUAACACGGCACUGAAACUGAUUCGGGAGCACGGGACUCUUGAGAAGGUGGUUGAGUUCAUCCAGAACGACCCCAAGAAGAAAUAUGUCAUUCCCGAUGAUUGGCCGUAUCAGGAUGCCAGAGAGCUUUUCCUCAAUCCUGACGUACGGGAUUCCAACCACCCCGACUGCGAUUUCAAGUGGGAAGCGCCCGACGUGGAGGCCCUUGUGAAAUACCUGGUUGAAGACAAAGGUUUCAAUGAGGACCGGGUCCGCAGCGGUGCUGCCCGCCUGCAGAAGAAUCUCAAAACCGCGCAGCAGUCCCGUCUGGAGGGAUUCUUCAAACCAGUAGCCCGAACGGAUGCGGAGAAGGCCAAUCUGAAGCGCAAGCAUGAUGAAAAGAUUCAGGAACAGAAGAAGCGCAAGAAGGAUGAGGCUAAGGCUAAAAAGGAGGCCAAGGCCAGACCCCGUGGCGCUGGCUGA